UGAACUGCGAGGUUCCCGAUGCGGAAGUGAAAUAUUCAACCCUCGGAAGUUGUUUGUUUUGGUGACCGUCAUAAGGGCAGACAUUUUGGCCAAGGUAGACGAAGAUUUUUAUUAUGAUUGAAGAAUAUUACGUUAAAUAGACUACUGCAACAGUUUCUUUGUGUUUAUACGCUUUUAUUUCAGCAUAGUCAUGUGGUGGCACGAGAUACUGCCAGGCUUGGCUAUCAUGACAGUUUGUCUGUACAUUCCUGGCAUUGCGACGGCUCAAAUCCAAAAGUUCACAAACGGUGGGAAGGAAAAGCGGGUUGUACGGGCGGCUUAUCAGUGGUACCUUAUGGAGAGAGACAAGAAAGUUUCUGGAUGCAAUAAACAUUACGUCUCCAAGGGACUUGAAAACAUCAAGUGAAAUGCCACAGGGAUGAAGCUGAAAUGUAAAUUUUGUCCAGUCAUAUAUUAAAGUGUUGUCCUUAAAUUAUUCAUUUGCUUGCUGUUGUCAUGUUUGGAGUAUUUUACAGCUACAUCGGACUGUUAUGAUUACACUCGCUUGUCAUCACUGAUUGAAUAUGUCAACAUUUGUUUAAGUUUGUGCUUCAAGUUUAUGGUUAAUGGCUGAAUUACUAGAUUAUGUACCUUAUUUACAUGACAUUUUAGUUCAGGAGUUCCCAAACUUUUUAAGCCUCGACCCUCAAAAUUACAAUGCUAAUGACUCGCAACCCCCAAUAUUCUUUGAAGUAGUUAUAAAUAUAUAACUACAGUUACACUACAGUGCACACAUACUAAUAGGCCCAAGUCUAUUAUUCAAGUUCAUUGUUUAAUUUUGGAAACGGCACUCAUGACCAUCCUCCAUGUUCAGUUGAGGCCUGUAUUUAUUUUUAAUGGACAUAAGUGCAGUAAAGGUGUUAGAAAGUUUAACCUGGUGUCAUAAAAUCAGUGCGCUGCUUCUUUAAUAUAAUCUAAUCACUCCAGGGCUCACAAACAAAAGUCAUAAGGCCGAUAGCCGUUCAUUUGCAUGUUGUUUUUUAAUAUUUAUUAUUAGCAUGUUAACAGUGUUACUAGGAACUAUUACUUUGUUUUUCAGUAGUUUAUGGAUAAAUUAUGGUCAUUUUAAUAGUUUAAUAAAAUGAAUUUGAUUUUUGGAAAUCGCCAAGCGACCCCCACUUUGGGAACCACUGUUUUAGUUGAUAGAGAUUUGUUAGGGGGAAAAUCUGUUUAUCAUUUACACUCUGUAAUAAAUAAUUUCCUCUUCUACAUUAA